CUGCAUCAUCGACUGGCUGCUUACUGAGGAAUCAGCUUUGAUCACUUUGAGCUACGUUUUCCCUCGUGGACAUCAUCUGAAGAAACAGUCAGUGCCGAAAUGUCCCAGCAAUUUGCCCUGUUGCUUCUGACAGGCCUUUCCUUGUGUAUACCAUUGGUUGACUUGGAAUUCAUUGGUGCAUACCCAGUGGCCUGUGAGACCCGUGGAACAGACUUGAAAGAGAAUGACAUAGUGGUUUUAUGUCCACAAGACUGCACACAAUUAAGGGUGUCUGUAUUUGGUACUGGAGUUUAUGCUGCCAUCUCCUCAGUCUGUGGAGCUGCCCUGCACAGGGGGCUUCUGGGGACUUCUGGGGGCCCUGUAAGAGUUCAUAAGCAGAAGGGGCAAAAUAACUAUGUGAGUUCUUUUGCCAAUGGCAUCCACUCACAGACCCUGUCUAGCUGGAGUGCCUCCUUCAGCCUCUCCAAAAACGUUAAAGCACCACUAGAGAUGAAUAGUGAGACCAGUACCACAGCCCUGCCUGCAGCUGCACCAAAAGCAAAGAAAUUGUUAAAGAAAUCAUCUGUGAAGAAAGCUCUCACAGGCGGAAACCAAGACUGUCAGAUUGACAUUGCCAUGGUGAUGGACAGCAGUAGAAACAUUGGGCAGCGCAGGUUCAGGCUUCAGAAGAACUUUGUGGCUAAACUCGCCGCUGUGCUGAGAGUGGGACCAACGGGACCUCAUCUGGGCCUGAUACAGGCCAGUGACACUCCUAGAACAGAAUUCCUGCUGACUAACUACACUCAACCUAAAGAGAUGCUACCUGCCAUCAAGGAGUUGACCUACUUGGGAGGAGAUACCAACACAGGUAAAGCCAUAACGCACACAGUAGAGACCUUCUUUACCCAGGGAAGGGGGGUGAGACGGGGCCAUCCUCGGGUGAUAAUGGUUUUGAUUGAUGGCUGGCCAUCGGAUGAUGUGGAAAGGGCAGCCAUGCUGGCCAGAGAGUCUGGCAUCAACGUCUUCGUGGUGUCCGUGGCCAAACCAGCAGCUGAGGAGCUUAGCAUGGUGCAAGACAAAGACUUCAUGAGGAAGAUUGUGUGUAAAGAUAAUGGAUUCUUCAGUUAUUCAAUUCCCAGCUGGUUCAGCGCCUCCAAACAUGUCAGAAAUCUCUCACAGAGACUCUGCUCAUUGGAUGGUUUGCUCUGCAGUAAAACUUGUUACAACUCUGUAAACAUUGGCUUCCUCAUUGACGGUUCGUCUAGUGUCGGCGAGGCAAACUUCCAACAUGUUUUGGACUUCCUAGUCGAAAUAGCCCAGAGCUUCGACAUCUCGGAUGUGGGAUCUCACGUCGGUGCAGUGCAGUUCACCUAUGAUCAGAGGCUGGAGUUCGGUCUGCUGGACCACCCCAGCAAAGAGGACACCAUCAAUGCUCUGAGGAGGAUCUCAUACAUGAGUGGGGGAACCUCGACCGGAUCAGCCAUUACCUAUGCCACUCAGCACCUAUUCAGCACACAAACUAGACAGAGUCACAAAUUUCUCAUCGUGGUGACGGAUGGCCAGUCGUACGACGACGUAAGCUACGCAGCGCUUACUGCACAGAGACAAGGUAUUACCAUUUUCUCGGUCGGUGUCGCUUGGGCACCACUUGGUGACCUCAGAACAAUGGCGUCAGAGCCAAAGGACAGCCACACCUUCUUCACCAGAGGGUUUACCGGCCUCAAAGAUUUUGUCCCACUGGUGGUCCGAGGCAUCUGUCAAGACUUCACCGUGAACAACUGAUAGCACAGAUACAAGGACCUGGAAUUUAAACCGAGUACAUCGGAAGCAUACCCACUUUGUUCAAUUGACAUGGCUUAUUUGCAUCAUACACAGCACUACAGUGGGAAUAUCUGAGCAACAGCAGUUUCCUGAAGUUGAAUGUAUGUCACUCUUCUUUCUUUCUGUUUUCUUAAAGAAAUAAAUAAAUCCA